ACCUUGUCUUUCUCUCUCUCUCCUGGCUGUCAAUCGCUGGAGGAUUUGUCGGAGUUUUCCGAGCGUCUCUGCAUCUGUGAGGAUGUUGUUGUGGCUGGUUUUGUUCCUGCCUGUCAUCUCCUCGGCUCAGCGAUCAGAGCCCAUGUUCUCAGCUGUAACCAAGACCGUCCUUCCUCCUGACUAUGACAACAACCCAACCCAGCUCAACUACGGCGUGGCCGUCACUGAUGUGGACGGAGACGGCGACCUGGAGAUGUUUGUAGCCGGCUACAACGGCCCAAACCUGGUGCUAAAGUAUGACAAGCAGAAGAAAAGGCUUGUCAACAUCGCCGUUGACAACCGUAGCUCCCCCUUCUACGCCCUGAGAGACCGCCAAGGCAACGCCAUCGGAGUGACAGCGUGUGACAUCGACGGAGACGGUCGGGAGGAGAUUUAUGUCCUCAACACCAAUAAUGCCUUCUCUGGUCGGGCAACAUAUUCUGACAAGCUGUUUAAGUUCCGUAAUGGACGCUUUGAAGAUCUGCUGAACGAUGACAUUAACGAACACAGAGAUGUGGCCAACCGUAUGGCUGGGCGCUCAGUGGCCUGUGUGGACAGAAAGGGUUCAGGCCGUUAUGCCAUCUACAUAGCCAACUAUGCUAGUGGCAAUGUGGGUCCUCACGCUCUCAUUGAAAUGGAUGAGGCAGCGAGUGAUCUUUCACAGGGCGUCAUUGCCCUGUCCAACGUGGCAGAGCAGGCCGGAGUCAACAAGUUCACUGGAGGGCGAGGCGUCGUGGUGGGGCCCAUUGUCAGUCAAACCCUAUCCGAUGUGUUUUGCGACAACGAGUAUGGACCCAACUUCCUUUUUAGGAACAACGGAGAUGGAACUUUUACUGAUGUGGCGCAGCAGGCUGGUGUGGAGGACCCCAUGCAGCAUGGUAGAGGGGUUGCUCUGGCAGACUUCAACCGUGACGGCAAGACGGACAUCGUCUAUGGGAACUGGAACGGACCUCAUCGUCUGUACAUGCAGCUUAACAACCGCAAACAGAAGUUUAAGGAUAUAGCAUCCCAGAAGUUUUCAAUGCCAUCCCCGGUUCGCACUGUCAUGGUUGGUGACUUUGACAAUGACAACGAGCUGGAGGUCUUCUUCAAUAACAUCGCCUACAGGGGGCCCUCUGCCAACAGACUCUUUAGGGUGAGCAGGAGAGAGCAUGGAGACCCCCAGAUAGAGGAGCUGAAUAUUGGGGAUGCAUCAGAGCCUGACGGACGAGGAACCGGAGCUGUAGCCACAGACUUUGAUGGUGAUGGGCGUCUGGAACUGCUUAUAUCUCAUGGUGAAAGUGCAGCACAGCCGCUCUCGGUCUACAAAGUCAACCAGGGGGCCACUAACGCCUGGCUGCGAGUGAUUCCCCGGACCAAGUUUGGUGCAUUUGCCAGAGGAGCUAAAGUGGUGUUGUACACCAAAAAGGGCGGCCCACACACACGGAUCAUUGACGGUGGCUCAGGGUACCUGUGUGAGAUGGAGCCUGUUGCCCACUUUGGCCUCGGUAAGGACGUUGCCACCAAUGUCGAGGUGUACUGGCCAGACGGUCGUUCAGCGGCCCGACCCCUGGAGCCUUCAGACAUCAACACAGUGAUGGAGAUCCACUAUCCAGUAGAUGAGGAGGAAGUCACUCCUACUGUGGAGAUAGAGUGUGGUCAUGGGUUUGCUCUGAAUGAGAAUGGCCGCUGCACAGAUAAAGAUGAGUGUACCCAGUUUCCCACUGUGUGCCCCUCUGACCGCCCUGUCUGCACCAACACCUAUGGCAGCUAUAAGUGCCGCGCCAAGAGGAGAUGCAACCAGGGCUUUGAGCCCAACGAUGAUGGCUCAGCCUGUGUGGCCCAGGUGGCUUACUUUGGGGGGACGCGGUCUUCUGGGGAACGCAAGCGCUCGGGCCUUUCUUUCUGGAUGCUGCCCGUCUCUGUGCUACCACUCGUCUCUUCCCAUCUUCAGACUGGACUACUGUAGCCGUCACUAUCCUCUACCCCUCUUAACUCUCUCCACCGCUAAAUGGGGAUGUACAGAAACUCUCUGAGCAAACUUUUCACUGAACAUCUACUUGUCCUUCUCCUCUGUGGAUCUCUGCUAUCUUUUUCCAUCAGUUAUUUACAGCCUUGCCACCUCCUCGCUGCUGCUAUGUGUCACCUCUUGGCUCCCGGCCCCCUCUGGACUAUAAAGAAACACACAGGGAGCAUGCUCGCUGGGAGCUACGGGGUUCAGAACUAACUGUGUCACACCCGCAGAGCCCUCACGUCAUCACCUGGCACUUAUCUUAGUGGGACCUGAACUGAGGCCAAGUCAAUAAGUGGAGCUGCAGUGUAUAAACCACUGCACAUACAGUAUUGCACACAGAUCUUCUGGCUCUGCAACCCACAUUCAUUAGAGACACGCUGAGACCCCAUCUGUAUCUCCACAAUGCCACAAUGUUAAUCCUAAUACAAUGUCACUCUCACUCUUAUUAUGGGCUGACUGGGAUGCUGAGGAACACCAGGUCUCCAAGCUUUACGUUCUGUGAGUGUGUAUGAGUGUGUGCGUGAGUGUGCUGUGCCCAAAGAGGCAGUCGGUUAGAGGAACAUAUGCCAGACCAUCUGUCCACGGUGGUAGGUUACAUUUUGUUAGCUCUGAAAAAUACACAGUGAAGAAUAUAAAGACACGUGUAUGUGUGUGUGAGCACAACAAAAGACACGAACAAAUGAAGUUUUUUUAAGCACAGCAGCCAGAGGGUGUUUUUGAAACAUAAUCUAAUGAACAAUUUUUAAAUAAUUUACCACAUGAUGUAGAGCUGUACAUUUUAAAUGAGCAUCAGCUUAUAGUUACUGCUAAUAUCAACCCUAACUUUUUUAUUUAUUGCUUAUUUCCCCCAUUUCAAUAAAAUAAUUGGCAGGUUACAAGAACAUAAAGACAAAAGGAGGAGGAUGUGGAUUUUAAUGGACCAAGAUUUAUUCUGAAAUAAAUUUAUGUUCUUAAAAACAUCUAGAACAAAACUCCCCAGUUCAUUUAAUGUAUUGCUGGUGAUGUUUGUUCAUGUUAAAGCACAGUAGCUGGAACGAGUACUUGAAUUGUUAACUAUUUAUUUAACAAGUUUCUAAACAAUCUAAAUAAUUCAAAAGGCUGGUGAUAUACAAUACAAGUUUCUGUUAUUUGCAACAGAGCACAUUGAAAAGACAAAAUCAAUAAUUCAGUCAGUCUUGUUUACUUCUUAAUAAAUAAUUCCCUUAAACAGCUGGGUACUGUAGUUUUUAGCAAAAUGUCAAUUGUGUUUUUUGGGGGAAAGAUUUGUUUCACUAUUUACGGCAGCAUGAUUGUGUAUGUGAAAUAAACUACAGGACCCAAAUUCAUUAUAAUGGGGGAACUUGUCACUGUUUACACAACAGUGUUGGUGUCUAGAGUGUGUGAACCAAUCCACAACGCCCAAAAAAGUUGGGACAUUGUCUAAAACGCAAAUAAAACAAUAUUUUGCUAAUCCUUAUUGUCAACUGAUUAACUUUUUUUUUUUGUUAAUAUAAACUCUGAAUUCUGAAUUUGAUGUAUUCUGUUGUUAUAUAUGUUUUACACUUUGUCCCAACUUUUUUGGAAUAGGGGUUGUUUCCUUUAUAUGGGGAAUAUUAAAACAUCAUCAAUUUUUAAUAUAAAUUAUAACCUUAUCCAUUUGAAUGAAAAUUUUAAGGAGCAAAGAUGAAAGAAAUGAGGUGAUAUCUGAAUCAAAUAAAAAAAAACCUCUCACUCAUUUCAUUACUGUAAUGACGUGAGGUAAUUUUGUAUGUUUUUGUUUCACCUAACAUUCAUAAUGAAGCACUAAAUAGCGCAUUAAAUUGCAUAAAACACAUGGAACCUUUCAUUUUUUAUUCAACACUACAUACAUCAUUUCUGUCUCGUUGCCACGUGUUUCUUGAAACUUUUCAGGAAAUUAAUAAAUAUUUUGGCAGGAAAAAUGACCAAAAAGUGAAAACAUUGUCCUUACAAGCUGAUGACAGCAUGUUGACUGACAGAUUUAUUUCCACAUUAUUCUGCAGGGGAGAGAGUCAGCUCUCCUCUCAACAAUCCCACUGCAAAAAACACAACACAGCCAUCUUAUCCCGAGUUAGAGUGCGAUCACUGUCACAGCAGAGGAUAGAUUCAUCAAGUGUUGGCAAGUACAGUCCUCCAGAGAAGUGAUUGUGUGAGUGUGUGUCUGAUUCAUGGAGUUCUCCCUAUUCACUUGCUGAGGCAAGUGUUAUAUUUUUUGGAAAUAUUUGGCCAAAAACCUCACACAUUCCAUUUAAAUAGCCCCUUGACAUCGGUCUCCGAGCCUGCUAAUGAGCUGGACCCAAACCACAGAUGCCACCUGUAAAUAUCAAACAUUUCAGCUGAGAUUUAGAGACUCAACUUAUUUCUCUCUGAGACAUUUUUAAUGAAAGCUAAGAGGCACCAGAGCAUGAAAAACUAAUAAACAAACAAUGAUGGAUGUGUUGAAGCAAUUAAAAUAACUCACCACGGAUCUGUGUUGGAUCGACGAUGUUGUCAUGCUCCCUGUGUAAGCCAAAGACUCUGUGGAGGACAGAGAGACCGAGGGUUCAGCAAGAUCGCGUCCGCUCGAGUAUCUGAAUGUUUGCUCGGAAAUGUUCGCUAACAAAUAUGAAGUUCAACUGAGGUUGCUGUAAAGAUGUUGUUGUAAGGACUGAAGAAUGGAAACUUUUUUUGUAGUUUGAAUCACACUCUUGGGUCAGACUUUGAACUGAUGUAAGCUCACAGUUUGCAUGAACAAUAAGAUCCACAAGUUUCAAAAUUGCACGCUUUGAAAGGUGUUUUUGACAUUAUUGCUCACAUUCUUCUACUUAAUCUCAUCAAACAUACUAACAAUGUAGACAUCUGUUGUCAAAGACUGUGUGAAUCCAGUUUGUAUCUUUUCCUACAUGUGUUGAAAUAUGUUGUGGCAUUUCAGCUGAUUCUGAUGUUUGUAAACAGAGAAGGGAUACCGCUAUUGGCUAUAUGACAACCCAUAACGAUAUGUACAUGCAACAUGCCAUCAAACGUAUCAUUUACAGUAUUUGCUGUCUCUACUCUGCCUAUUAAAACAAGCAAGGGGGCUCUGAAAUCACAGGUCGUUAUACAAGACUCAGUUCAAGAUCUGAAGCUUCUCUGUCCAGUGAAACUGGAGUUUAUUCCAAAUAUGAGGCAAUGUUGAAGAAAAUAAAUGAAAACACAAUAUUCACAGUGAUGGAUUACUUCACUCAACAACUUUAGACUAGAGCCUGACCGAAAUGGGAUUUUUGAGGUCGAUCCUGAUAUUAGAGAAGGAAAAUUCCCCCAUUUCCAAUAAUGGCGGCCGAUGAAGUGAAUUUUUGAGCUUGAAUGAAAAAAGACCUUUUCUAUUUGGAUUUGGAACCAAUUUUGCACAAAUAAGACAGAGGAAAUCAGAAGGCUGCUUUCUUAUUAAAGAAUAUUUAACAUUAUUAUACAUACAAUAUACUUCAUUGUCAACCAACUCUAGAAAAAGAGUAAAGAAGAAAAAAGAUAAAUAGCUAAAUAAACAUCAGUACUGAAUAAUUAUUAUCAGUCAUUUGAUGAUGAUUUAAAUAAAGUAUAAAUAAAAAAAUAAAUAUUUAAAAAACACCAUUUCUACAUCACCCCAAGCAUCAUUCUCUGCAUUAUAUGUUCUGUAAAAAAAGCACAUAUCAAACAACAUAUAGGCCAAUAAAAUAGGCCAAACAAUAAAUCGGCCGAACUCUACUUUAGACAUAACAAGAACACAUGUUUUGGGAUAAAGUGGAAGUACAUGACCACAGAAAAAUAGAGAAAUUACACAUUUAUCAGUAACUACAAUAACAGAAUAAACCCCACUAAGAGCGAGGUAAGCUUUUCCCUCUGUGGUUCUCAAACUGUGUAAUGUACCUUAACAGUGUCACUGAAUGAUGUCUAACGACCUGCAGGAUGGAUGAUUUGCGUGUGU